GUACGGUCAUUACAGGCCAAGUGAGGUCUCUCGAUGCGAAUGUUGUUGCAUUCCGAUUGAAUAAUGGGACUACCAACGCGGACGACCUAACUGACUACCGCAGCAACGCCAAGAAGCUGGAUCUGCUCCCGAACUUCUACACCACGACUGAGGCUAGUACCAGGCUACCGCGUGGCUCCAAGCACCAUCCGGAGCUUCUGAUGGGUCCGAAGGAAUUUGAAACCGGUCAAUUGGCGGGCAUGUGUGCGUUCGUCCCCGUCUCUACAAAAGACG